CUUUUCAUUUGGUUUAUGUUGUUUUUUCCUCUUUUUGAAUUAGGGAGGAUAAAUGAGCCAACAAGGUGUGUAAGACAGGAAUGUUUAGCCAUGAACUCAAUGACACUGGUUCACAAUCGAUGCAGAUUUGCAGAUAAGCAGAUUAUCAAGUUGCAGGAGACACCUGAUGAAAUUCCAGAAGGAGGGACCCCACACACUGUCAGCAUUUUGAUGCAUGAUAAACUUGUAGACUCUGGAAAACCUGGAGAUAGGGUUGAGAUCACAGGUAUAUACAGAGCAAUGAGUGUUAGAGUAGGACAAACUCAGAGAACUGUGAAGUCUACAUUUAAGACUUACAUAGAUUGUCUUCACAUAAAGAAGACAGACAAGUCUCGUCUCCUCCUUUCUGAUCAAAUGGAUUGUGAUAAUAGUACCACUAACAAGACUGUUGAAGAUGAAAAUGCUGAUUAUCGGGACAAGAUUGAUAAAAUAAAGGAGCUUUCAAAAUUGCCAGAUAUCUACGACAGGCUUACGAGGUCUUUGGCACCUAACAUAUGGGAAUUGGAUGAUGUGAAAAGAGGUUUACUUUGCCAGCUUUUUGGAGGCAAUGCCCUAAAGCUUGAUUCAGGAGCAAGCUUCCGAGGUGACAUUAACAUUUUGUUGGUUGGUGAUCCUGGAACCAGUAAAUCUCAGCUGCUCCAGUAUAUGCAUCAGUUAUCACCUCGUGGAAUAUAUACAAGUGGGCGGGGGAGCUCUGCAGUUGGUCUAACUGCUUAUGUUUCAAAAGACCCUGAGACUGGUGAAACUGUACUGGAAAGUGGUGCACUUGUCUUAAGUGACAGGGGGAUCUGCUGUAUUGAUGAGUUUGAUAAAAUGUCUGAAAAUGCACGCAGCAUGUUGCAUGAGGUGAUGGAACAACAGACUGUAUCAAUUGCAAAGGCUGGAAUAAUUGCUUCAUUAAAUGCUAGGACUUCAGUAUUAGCUUGUGCAAACCCUAGUGAAUCUCGGUACAAUCCUCAGCUCUCUGUGAUUGACAACAUCCAUCUUCCUCCAACUUUGCUUUCAAGAUUUGAUUUGAUUUAUCUAAUUUUGGACAAGGCAGAUGAACAAACUGACAGACGUCUAGCCAAGCAUAUGGUUGCUUUGCAUUUUGCAGAUCCAGAGACGCAAGUGCAAGAGUUUAUUGACCUCCCUACCUUAGUUGCAUAUAUCAGCUAUGCUAGAAAGCAUAUUCAUCCACAGAUAUCUGAUGAAGCUGCUGAAGAGUUGACACGCCGAUAUGUGGAAAUGAGGAAAAGAGGAAAUGCACCAGGAAGCAGGAAGAAGGUUAUCACAGCAACAGCUAGGCAAAUUGAAAGUUUAAUCCGCCUUGGUGAGGCACUUGCACGUAUGCGUUUUUCAGAAUGGGUUGAAGUGCAAGAUAUAGCAGAAUCUUUUCGAUUGUUGGAAGUUGCAUUGCAGCAGUCAGCAACAGACCAUUCCACUGGAACAAUCGAUAUGGAUCUUAUCAUGACUGGAAUAUCUGCAAGUGAAAGGAUUAGACGGGAGAACCUAGUUGCAGCCAUGCGUAACCUUGUGAUGGAGAAAUUGCAAAUUGGAGGUCACUCCGCUCGAUUAGUAGAGUUGCUGGAGGAGGUCAAUAAGCAAAGUUCCAUGGAAGUUCACCUCAAUGAUGUGCGGACCGCCCUUGCAACUCUGGCCACUGAGGGAGUUGUUCUUCUUCACGGAGACAGCAUAAAGAGGAUAUGAUGAAACCACUGAGGAGAGCUACUUGUUAAGUUUUUCAGAGAUAGAUCACUAACUCAAUCAGGUCCCAUGUUCCAUCGCAUGCAAAACAAGCCAGUUCAUCUCAUUGUCUAAUGUAUUUACUUUAGAGUAACUUCUUUAUAUUACUAUGUCUUCCCUUUGGAUUAUAACUGUGUCAAGAGCUUAAUGCUGUGUUUUUCAUUGUUUUGAAAAAGAUAAUGUAAAAACUGCAAGUUUUCAUCUUAUUUGAGUAACAAAAUGGGG